GAACAUUCACAGAAGUUAUUUAAUGACGUCACAACUAAGCAAAGGAAGAUAAAACGGCCAAAAAGACGAGUUUAUUGUGUGUGAAUAGAAUCUUUGUAAAGUUUCAGCUUUUAUUUAAAAAAAAAAAAUGUCAUACGCUUACCUCUUUAAGUAUAUUAUUAUUGGAGAUACAGGAGUGGGAAAAUCAUGUCUCCUUUUACAGUUUACUGAUAAACGUUUUCAACCAGUUCAUGAUUUAACGAUUGGAGUUGAAUUUGGAGCACGAAUGAUUACUAUUGAUGGAAAACAAAUAAAACUACAAAUUUGGGAUACGGCGGGUCAAGAAGCAUUUCGCUCUAUAACAAGAUCUUAUUAUCGUGGUGCAGCAGGAGCCCUUUUAGUUUAUGACAUUACACGACGAGAGACAUUUAAUCAUCUUACUACAUGGUUGGAAGAUGCAAGGCAACAUUCUAAUUCAAAUAUGGUUAUUAUGCUGAUUGGCAACAAGAGUGAUCUUGAUGCUCGAAGAGAAGUAAAGCGAGAAGAAGGUGAAGCAUUUGCUCGAGAACAUGGUCUUGUUUUUAUGGAAACUAGUGCUAAAACAGCUGCUAAUGUCGAAGAGGCUUUUAUCAAUACAGCAAAGGAAAUAUAUGAGAAAAUUCAAGAAGGAGUUUUUGAUAUCAAUAAUGAGGCCAACGGUAUAAAAAUCGGACCACAACAUUCUCCCACAAGCCCAGGAGGUUUAGCAGGAACUGGCGGCCAAGGAAGUACACAGGGUGGUGGAUGUUGCUAGGGACUGGGGGUUGCAUGUCCACCUAUACAAUCUUCUUCAAUCUAAUGUCCUAUUCCUGCUCUUUUUCACCCUCUAUAAGCAUACGUAUUACAUACAAUUGUAUUUCAUUUGUACAAAUUUUGUGACGUCUGUCGUAUUCUCAGGUAACGAGUGCUGUUCUUUCGAACUAAUAACAUCAUUAACAUUAUUAUUAUCAUUAUUUCUAUUAUUUUAACAAUUAAUAUAAUUAUUACCUAAGUAAACUUAUUUAACUAACAUCACCACUCAAUUGUUACAUACUCAAUACAUUGAAUUUUUUGUAUAUAUUAAAAGAAAACAACAAAUUCAAAAGGAUAAAAUUAUUUUCAUGUAAUAAUAUCCAAAUUAAAAUCCAUUGUUAAACUCAAUAAAUAUUUAUCAAGAAUUGCGAUAAAUAUAAAUAAUAAGAUAAUAAUGAUAGUGGUGAUGUUGAUACUAACUUUUAUGUAGUUUAUCAAUGAAUAUGACUUGAAUAUAGAGAAUGAUUAAUAUAUAUAAAUAUAAAAUAUGAUGUAUAAAAAAUGUGAUUAAAAUAUGCAAAUUUUUUUCAUGGAAACAUUUAAAUUUAUAUAAAUCUACUAGUCUUGAUGAAUUAAUAGAAAUUAUUUUAUCUUUUAGUCAUUUUUUUUUUACCAUCUAAAAAAUUUUUUUGAUAAAUCGAAUUAUAAUAAUAGACAUUGGAGAGUGUUUUUGGAGCAGGAAUGACACUCACUCGUCCACCUAAAGCGACACGAUGUAUAUGUCUAUGUACUUUCGGUGUACCUAAUUAUUAAUUAAUAUAUUAUGAAUUAUGAUCUUUUCUUUAGCCCAUAUGAAACAAUUAAUUAUUAAUUAUUAGCUAGUAAUAUAAAAUAAUAUAAUUACAUUGUAACUACACUGAACUUUAUUUACUAGAAAUAAAAGCCUAAUAAUUUAUGCGCCCAAAUCAUAUUGUUGAUGAAUUGAUUGACGCAGAAGAUAAAUAUUUAAUGGAAA